ACCAUUACAGAUUCUACAGCUUUACGCAAUCACUAUUCUUUCUCCUGUCUCUCUCUCUCUCUCUCUCCGGCGUCCGUUCACAUACAUUUCUAAACUCAUCACAGGAGCUCCGGACGAGUUUGCCGGCCACCUUCCGAUCGAAUAUCGAAGUUAAUUUUAAAGAGACGGAUAUGAUAAAACCAGAGUCGCAUGUAGUACAACAAAUCCGGAGAGAUAAGUUUAGAGCUGAGCAUAUGAAUGAUUUCCCCAACACUUGGGAUCAUCAUCAGCAUCAGAACAUCAGAAUUCCCAACAACCUUGAUUUGAUUGGUAUCUUGCAGAACCAGAUCAUAUCCGUACCGGUUCAAACCGAUUUGUAUCAAGAUUCUACCACAACCUUCAUGAACAUGCCACAGUCUAUACAUCGAGACCCACAAGGCUCUGGUAGUUGGAGAAGCAGUGAUCUGUCACAACCGAGUUCCUUAAAUUGUUCGGAGGUGAAUUACGGGUAUGAUCAGGCUGGUAUUAGGCCAAGCAAUGUUGGAGAUUUGUUUUCAAAUCAUUUCAGUUCUCGAAACCACUGUCCUCUCGACAAUAUUGCUCAGUCUAGCAUGACAUCAAGAAGUGAAGUUUCUUGUCUAAAGGAUUGUGUACCCUUUCUUGGCCAAAACAAUCUUCAGAAUGUAGUCACAGUGGCUUGUUCGGGUACUGGUAACGAGGCUUCAAAGAGCAGUUAUGAUCGAGGUUCUCCAUCUGGUAGUUACCGAGGAGAACUUUUGUUUCUCCCAAGUUUGGAGAAACAAUCAGUUCCGCAUAAUGCAAGCCAAUGGAACCACGAGCCGAGUUGUAAAAAACCAGUAAACAUUUCUGCCUCUUCUCAUACUAAUAAGAGAGGCUUUUCACUCUCACUUUCGUCUGAAGUAACCCCAUUUAGAAACGGUGGAAAUGCGACUGUUUCGUCUACAAUGAACAUCCACGGAGAUUUAGGUCCGCUCGGCCCUUUUACGGGAUAUGCAUCUAUUCUAAAGAGCUCGAGGUACUUGGAGCCAGCUCAAAAGAUGUUAGAAGAAUUUUGUAUCUCUUAUGCUCUAAAAGAAAUUAGUGGACUCGAAUCUACUUCCAUGGAUGAUGAUGACUUGUCGGAAAUGUUAACUUCGACGAAUCACGCGGUUGAUGGUUUUAGUAGUUCUUCUGAGCAAAUAGAGCCCAAGAAUAGACUAAAGAGAGCAAAGCUUCUCUUUCUAGAAGAAGAGGUUUGCAAGGGGUACAAAUUAUACAACCAUCAGUUGCAAACAGUUGUGUCUUCCUUCGAUUCAGUGGCUGGUCUAAACACUGCAGCACCGUUUAUCUCUUUGGCUCUCAAACGGAUUUUUAGAAGUUUCAAGGCCCUUAAAGCCGCAAUCUCUGAACAGUUGAAGCAAAUCUCAAGUCAAUACUCAUCAGGCGACGACAACAACAUAUUCCAAAAGCAACAAAGAUCUUUGAUUGGUAACAUUUUCGGGUUCGAAUCUCCGCAACAGCAUAUCUGGAGGCCUCAAAGGGGAUUGCCGGAACGCGCAGUGGCUGUUCUUAGAGCAUGGCUCUUUGACCAUUUUCUUCAUCCGUACCCCACUGAUUCUGAUAAGCAGAUGCUAGCCACUCAAACCAGUCUCUCUCGUAACCAGGUAUCAAAUUGGUUCAUAAAUGCGCGUGUGCGAUUAUGGAAACCUAUGGUGGAGGAAAUACACAUGCUUGAGACCAAAGUCAUUAAAAAUACGGAUUCUACUUACAACAUGGAGCCAUCAAAUGGGCCGAAUACUUGUAGUAGUCCGAGCCGUAAGCAAACGUUAAUGGACCUACCCGGAACAAAACGGCCGAGGUUAGACUACGUGUGUGACAUGAACAUGAUGGAGUUCAAUACCGGGCUAGGGAACGUGUCACUCACGUUAGGGCUUAGGCGUGGUGUGGACAAUGUAAUCCAAACGCAGACGCAGGAUCCUCAGUUUGGAACUGGAGGUCAGAUGUUUCAUGACUUUGUUGGUUGAAACUUGUUUGUUUUUGUUUCACCUAUGUGUUUUGGGUCCAAAGUUAACGACUGCAGGUAGACAAAACAAGGUUGUCUUGACUCUGAAAAUGGUAAACGUUGUACCUCUUAACUUAAGGCAAAAGAGUAGUCUGAUCACCUUUUGGUUAUCUCCUUUUGUUUUUGUCGUCAAGUUAUCUUCUUUAUGAUAUAUCUAUAUUUGAUUAA